AUGUCAUCUCAAACUAAGUUCAAGAAAGACAAAGAGAUCAUUGCUGAAUAUGAAGCCCAAAUAAAAGAGAUCCGCACGCAGCUGGUGGAGCAGUUCAAAUGCCUGGAGCAGCAGUCCGAGUCGCGCCUGCAGCUGCUCCAGGACCUCCAGGAGUUCUUCCGCCGCAAAGCUGAGAUUGAGCUCGAGUACUCCCGCAGCCUGGAGAAGCUGGCCGAGCGCUUCUCCUCCAAGAUCCGCAGUUCCCGGGAGCACCAGUUCAAGAAGGACCAGUACCUCCUCUCACCCGUGAACUGUUGGUAUCUGGUCCUGCAUCAGACCAGGCGGGAGAGUCGAGAUCAUGCCACCCUCAAUGACAUCUUCAUGAACAAUGUCAUCGUCCGCCUCUCACAGAUCAGCGAGGAUGUCAUCAGACUCUUCAAAAAGAGCAAGGAGAUUGGUCUGCAGAUGCAUGAGGAGCUCCUGAAGGUCACCAAUGAGCUCUACACAGUCAUGAAAACCUACCACAUGUACCAUGCAGAGAGCAUCAGUGCAGAAAGCAAGCUAAAGGAGGCCGAGAAGCAGGAGGAGAAGCAGUUCAACAAGUCUGGCGACCUCAGCAUGAACCUGCUCCGACACGAGGACCGGCCCCAGCGCCGCAGCUCUGUGAAGAAAAUUGAGAAGAUGAAGGAGAAGAGGCAGGCAAAGUAUUCUGAGAACAAGCUGAAAUGCACAAAGGCCCGGAAUGACUACUUGCUGAAUCUGGCGGCCACCAACGCAGCUAUCAGCAAGUACUACAUCCACGACGUCUCCGACCUAAUCGACUGCUGUGACUUGGGCUUUCAUGCCAGCCUGGCCCGCACCUUCCGGACCUACCUCUCAGCCGAGUACAACCUGGAGACCUCUCGCCACGAGGGGCUGGAUGUCAUCGAGAACGCGGUAGACAACCUGGACUCCCGAAGUGACAAGCACACUGUCAUGGACAUGUGCAACCAGGUCUUCUGUCCUCCACUCAAGUUUGAGUUCCAGCCCCAUAUGGGGGAUGAGGUUUGCCAGGUCAGCGCUCAGCAGCCCGUCCAGACGGAAUUGCUCAUGCGGUACCACCAGCUGCAGUCCAGACUGGCCACUCUCAAGAUAGAGAAUGAGGAGGUUAGAAAAACUCUGGAUGCCACCAUGCAGACCUUACAGGACAUGCUGACUGUGGAGGACUUUGAUGUUUCUGACGCCUUCCAACACAGUCGAUCUACAGAGUCUGUGAAGUCGGCUGCCUCUGAGACCUACAUGAGCAAGAUCAACAUUGCCAAAAGGAGGGCCAACCAGCAAGAAACAGAAAUGUUUUAUUUUACGAAAUUUAAAGAAUAUGUGAAUGGCAGUAACCUCAUCACUAAGCUACAGGCCAAGCAUGACUUACUCAAGCAGACCCUGGGUGAAGGGGAGAGAGCAGAAUGCGGCACAACCAGCAGAAGAGAUGGAAGGCUUAGGCUGCCCCACUUUCCUUGGCUGAGCUGCCCCCCUGCUCCCCACUUUGUGCCCCACCCAGCACUUCAAGGAAGAAGAAAUGCUCGAACCAGGAACCAGGUAUUUACUAGAAAGGAUUCAGGACAAGCUAUACCACUUGUAGUCGAGAGCUGCAUCCGGUACAUCAAUUUAUAUGGACUCCAGCAGCAAGGGAUCUUCCGAGUGCCAGGAUCUCAGGUUGAAGUCAACGACAUAAAAAAUUCUUUUGAAAGGGGUGAAGACCCCCUUGUGGAUGAUCAAAAUGAACGAGAUAUCAAUUCAGUCGCUGGUGUUUUAAAACUGUAUUUCCGAGGACUGGAAAAUCCACUCUUUCCUAAGGAAAGGUUUCAAGAUUUGAUAUCUACUAUUAAACUGGAGAACCCAGCUGAGAGGGUGCACCAGAUCCAGCAAAUCCUCAUCACCCUUCCCCGCGUGGUCAUCGUGGUCAUGAGAUACCUCUUCGCUUUCCUCAACCACCUCUCGCAGUAUAGUGACGAGAACAUGAUGGACCCCUACAACUUGGCCAUCUGCUUCGGGCCCACCCUCAUGCACAUCCCUGAUGGGCAGGACCCUGUGUCCUGCCAGGCACACGUCAACGAAGUCAUCAAAACCAUCAUCAUUCAUCAUGAAGCCAUCUUCCCCAGCCCCCGGGAGCUAGAGGGACCUGUGUAUGAAAAAUGCAUGGCUGGAGGGGAAGAAUAUUGUGACAGUCCACAUAGUGAGCCAGGGACUAUUGAUGAAGUUGACCAUGACAAUGGCACGGAGCCUCACACGAGUGACGAAGAAGUGGAGCAGAUCGAGGCCAUCGCCAAGUUUGACUACGUGGGGCGGUCCCCGCGUGAGCUGUCCUUCAAGAAGGGGGCCUCUCUGCUCCUGUACCACCGUGCCUCGGAGGACUGGUGGGAGGGUCGUCACAAUGGCGUGGAUGGACUCAUCCCACAUCAGUACAUAGUCGUACAGGACAUGGACGAUGCCUUCUCCGACAGCCUGAGCCAAAAGGCUGACAGUGAAGCCAGCAGUGGGCCGCUGCUGGAUGACAAGGCCUCCUCCAAAAACGACCUCCAGUCGCCCACGGAGCACAUCUCGGAUUACGGCUUUGGGGGGGUGAUGGGCCGAGUGCGGUUACGAUCUGAUGGAGCGGCCAUCCCCAGGCGCCGAAGCGGGGGCGACACACACAGCCCGCCCCGGGGCCUGGGCCCCAGCAUAGACACGCCGCCCCGGGCUGCCGCCUGCCCCAGCAGCCCCCACAAAAUCCCCCUCACCCGGGGGAGGAUCGAGAGCCCCGAGAAGCGGAGGAUGGCGACAUUUGGGAGUGCCGGCAGCAUCAACUACCCUGACAAGAAGGCUCUCUCCGAAGGGCACUCGAUGAGGUCGACAUGCGGCUCCACCAGGCACAGCAGCCUGGGGGACCACAAGUCCCUGGAGGCUGAGGCCCUGGCAGAAGACAUCGAGAAGACCAUGAGCACGGCUCUGCAUGAGUUGCGGGAGCUCGAGAGACAGAACACGGUCAAGCAGGCGCCAGAUGUGGUGCUGGACACCCUGGAGCCCCUGAAAAACCCGCCGGGCCCCAUCAGCUCAGAGCCCGCCAGCCCCCUGCACACCAUCGUCAUCCGCGACCCCGAUGCCGCCAUGCGCCGCAGCAGCAGCUCGUCCACCGAGAUGAUGACCACCUUCAAGCCAGCGCUGUCCGCCCGUCUGGCCGGCGCCCAGCUGCGCCCGCCCCCCAUGCGGCCCGUGCGGCCGGUGGUCCAGCAUCGCUCCAGCAGCAGCAGCAGCUCGGGCGUGGGCAGCCCGGCCGUCACGCCCACGGAGAAGAUGUUCCCCAACAGCUCCGCGGACAAGUCGGGCACCAUGUGA